CUGUAUCGCUACCUACUUUGAUCGAAACCCGAACAGAACAAAACCAUAUUAUAUUAUUAUUAUGUCUGACAGUGAGAACGACGGUUCCUCCCUCCGGAGAAACAACCUUCCACCGGAUAUCAUCGCCGACGUACUCUCCCGACUACCAGUAAACUCACUCUACCGAUUCAAGUGCGUCUCUCCCUCAUGGAAUUCCCUAAUCUCUUCCCCCUACUUCGCCCAAACCCACUUCAAUCGAACCCACACCAAUAACCCUAACAAACACCUCCUUCACAACAUCGUUCUCCAGUCCAUCACCCAAGACCUCUACACCGUCGACCUCACCGCUGACGUUCCGUUUGCCACAAAGCUCGAUCUCCCUUCGCUCCAACCCCCAGACGACAAGGUACUGGGCUCUUGCAAUGGCUUGCUCCUGUUUUGCCGUACAGGUAGAUCCAACUUCUUCUUGCUUAAUCCAUCCACUAGGGAAUGCAAGAAACUUCCCAGUUUGCCUUUUGUACUCAAUCCUGGUCAUGGGUUCUACUCGUGUCUUUACGGUGUGGGUUACGAUUCUACUACGGAUGAUUACAAGGUUGUAAUGCUCUCUUUCUAUGAUGAGUCUGAUCCCGAGUCCGAGUCUGAAUCUUAUCCUCUGAGUGAUACGACGACUGUGGCUGUCUAUUCGCUGAAAAGUAACGCUUGGAGGAGAAUUCAGGACACCCAGUAUAUCCAUUGGGGAAUGACUUUUGGGGCUUACUUUAAUGGUUGUCUCCACUGGGUUUGUAGGCGGGAAGGUUCCUAUUUGAUAGUUGCUUUCGAUUUGGCGGAUGAGGUUUUCAGGGAAGUGUCGUUGCCUGCUUCGUGGGCUGAGGCUGAUGACGAGAUUAGGAAAUUUGAGUUGGUAGUUGUUGGGGGUUGUCUAUGUUUGGUUUAUACUAUUUAUAUGCCGAUGCCGAGUCGUAACCGCCAAAUUGAAGUUUGGACGAUGGAGGAGUCCGGGGUUGGAGCUCGGUGGACCAAAAUUAUGACUGAUAUAGAUCGUAUCCGUCCACUGGAUUUGUUGGGUUUGUUAGCAGAAAAUGAAUUUGUGUUGACCGCAAAGGUACAGAUACUACCAGGCGUUACCGAUGAUAAAUUAGUUGUGUACAAUCACCAAACAGGAACGUUGAGGGACAUUGUGGUUCGUGGUAUUCCAACUAAAUUUAGUUUUUGGGGAACCUAUGUCGAGAGCCUUCUGCCUUGUCUCUCCUAAUCAAUAUAAUCAUGGGAGAGGGAUUGGGAAGCAAGGAUAAGUUUCUUCAGGAAAUGAUCGUGAAGAGGUUUUCGAGGUGUUAACAAUGCUCACAAGAUCUACUUGUCAUCAGAUUCGCGUAUAGGGAGGGAUGCUCGAUGUUUUUCCCUCAGUUAUAUGUCCUAUACAAUAUUACGAUUUGCAAUCGUUUCAUUCAAAUGAACAGUUUUUUGCCAUUUGAUGAAGUGAUUUUAUGGCUGUUAUAUGUCCUAUUAAUAGCAAUCCAAUCUAGGUGAAUUCCUCAUAUUAUCACCUAAUUUUGAACACAAGAUUUGGUUAGGGAGAUUUUCACACGGCUUUUAUUCCUCAUAGAGUGGAUGAGAAAGGGUUGUGAGUCCAGUGGAGGAACGAAUCCAGAUAGGGAAGAUCGGUGCACAAGGCAAAGACUUGGUUAUUAGGGAACACGGAGUCAGAACACGAUGAACCACCAGCAGCCGAAAAAACGAGGAACGGAACCAAAAAGAAACUGAUCAGGAGACAAAACGGGAACUCCAAACUGUCGCCAUUGUCAUGUUUGGGUGGUUGAAAGGAAGAGCAGAAAGCAAUGAAAGAGUACUGCUACAACGAAAGUAGAAGGAAGACAGUGAGUUUAUUUCUCAUGGGUUGGAAAACGUAGGCAUGGGCUCGCCUUAUAUAGGUAACAUAACUCAUACCUCUUAGUUCAGAAACUAAGUCUGUGUCCAAAUUCUGACAGGAUUAGGAUUCUCUAGUUUAGAUUUAUGUAAUUGGGUGUGCCAAAGUCUGAUAGGAAUAGGAUUUCCUUAUGUUUGUUACGUUUGUUUUUCAUGGCUUUGUUACUUUCUCUUACCUUCCGAAACAGCUUUCUACUUUUCCGGUCCGGACGUGGUACGGCAUCAGAACUCGAAGCUACAAUCUGAUCCGAUCCGAAUUUUACUUAGAGAAAUUAUACAAACACAACCAACCGGUCUCAACCAUUGAGUCAUUGACACAAUCUAUCACGCCACAUGUGAUAAGUUGCGUAAACAGUUGUGGCCGAUUAGUUAUGUGCCCUAUGACUGCAAAUACUUGAGCUAGCUUGGUCAACAAGUACCUCCAAAUUUCAAUUUUUGGGAUGCAUCACGAAUUUAUAAUGGUGCUUCGAACAGUUCCUACUGUACUUGUCACUGAAAAAACAUUUUUCAAAAUAUCAACUUGAUCAGUAUCAAAUUGUAUAAAGUUACCUGUUUAUUCUCAAAACCAUGUGAACUGUCCUGUUUAUACAAUUUACAAUCGUUUCAUUCAAAUGAACAGUUUUUUGCCAUUAGAUGAAGUGAUUUCAUGGCUGUUAUAUGUCCUAUUAAUAACAAUCCAAUCUAGGUGAAUUCCUCAUAUUAUCACCUAAUUUUUAACACAAGAUUCUGUUAGGGAGAUUUUCUCACGGCUUUUAGUUUUGUUUAUUUUCAGCAGCGGGAACAACGGUGGGCCAUCAGUACCCCUAUCUCAGAUCAAUUUGAAAACCAGGAAAUCACUCCACUUCAGGUGAUUCCACCAAAUAUCGUCCAGAUGAAGAGAUCAACUGGUGGAGAGAGCAAGACCCUGUGUCCAGAUUUUGAAAGUGGGUUGAAACUAAUGGUUUUUGGAGUGAUGAGGCUGAGUCCAAGCAUCGGACCUCUAUCAAGAACCAGGUAACUCUUCCUCCACUUUGAAGAAACUGAAUAGAUGACUGAUUUCAAAGUUUAAAAUAGACUGUCAUAUGUAGGCUGUGGUUGUGAACAGAACUCUUAAUUCAUCUCCAUAUCUAUAAGUUUAGCAAAUUUCACCUUUGUAGGAUACAUCAAAGACAUACAAAAGGAGCAGCUCAAAUCACCCUAUGGCACAGUAAUUGUCCAGUCCUACCCCUUACAAUUUGUACUUAUAUAUGCUUAUGAUGUAAUAUUUGUGACUUCUAUGAUUUGGUAUGCUGUUAGCUGCAUUAAGUACAUUUAUGAAUCGUUGUGCCUCCCUCCCUUCUAUAAUGUUUCAUUUAAGAAGUUGAUUUUCCCCCUCCUUAAACUGUAUAAAAUUAAUAUAUUUCCCUCUAUCUACCGUGUUUGUAUCCUGUUUUUUUGGAUAGCAUUUCCGGGUCUGAUGUCCAUAUUUGCCUUCGUAUGCAUGCCCGUGUCUAUUAAUUAGUUCACACACACCCCAACUGAAGCAUGCAAAACAUGCCCAACACAAAAGCUGGAAAAUGCAAAACAUAUCAAUUUGUCAUUGUCAAGCAAUUAUAUGGGCAUGAAACAUUCUUAGAUUUUCCGUUUACUUUUUGAAAGUGACUGUUAAGAGCUGAUUACAAAUAGAUGGUCUAAGGUUGGCUAGCUCAUUAGGUCAACACGGAUUCCUUGUGCAGGAUGGGAUUUUUUUUGUCUGGAGAUUGGAAUUUAUAAGAAAUCUCUUGAAUACUUUGAUUGUUAAUUUUACGGAGCCCACAUGCGUAAAGAUGAGUGUUUCCAUGUGAUGCCAUAAUGCCACCAUGCAGAGUGACUUUUUUUAAAAUGAUGAAAGUGAUGAAUAUAUUAUAUGUGACAUUUGAGUUUGUUAUAAUGCAGGUAAUUGAGGAAUUCGCAAAGAUUGAUAUGCUUCUCAAAGUCAAGGGAGAGACGACGUGGAGAAGUUCAAAAGUCCGAGUCCACAAGAACAAUGAAGGUGUCUUCCGUUUGAAUUAGAUGUAGCCAGAUAAUUCUUGGACUCAUUCAAAAGUCAGAAUCAUGCAACCGCUUGACAAACUACUAACAUUUGGUGUUAUCUCCCCUACUCUUGUUGGCCGUUAGAAGGGCCUUUGUAUUCUUUUUUAUGCUUUCAAGUAAUUGAGGGGUCCAACAGGAUGGCGGUGUUUAUGUGCCACUUGGAUCCUUGUGUCCGUUUGAAAAUGCUGUAACUGCUUUCCAACUUUUGUCAGCAAAUAUAGGUUUUUUGAACUAAGGAAAUAGGGCUCUAAAGUAUAACAACUACUGAAUCUUGCAUUUGAUAUGCAGAAACUAUUGUUCUGAUUGCUGAAACUGAUUCCCAAUA